UCAUAGUCCCUCCAUUUUAAGAGGCAACGUAAAAUCUUUACAUAACAGUCAUUGAUUUGGCUACAGUCCUUUACUGGCUUGGCUCCGGCAUCUGCUUAUUCACAUGAAACCCGCCACACUGCGCUUUAUAAUCUACAACAGACAAGGAUUUGCUGAUUUGUGAAAUACGGUCGAAACCGGAAGAAGCUGUCCAAGAUGGCGACCCUUGCGUGUCGUAACCGUUUACGGUUUCCUUAUAUGGGUCGCUUCCAGUCUAGUGAGGUCUCAGUUUAUCUCGCGGUAGCUGGCUGAGAGAAGAAGCGGAGGGUGAGCUGACAGUCAGGGUGGCCGGAGUUUAUGCCAACUGUUGUGUUAAACGGCAAAAUGAACAUCGUGUCCACGGUUCGGUGAGUUCACAGUCCGCAGGCCGCUGCUGACUUCACUACUACAUGGAGUUAAAUACGGUUAAUCGAUCUCCCAGGGAGGAGGGGGAGCUCGAAGACGGAGAGAUCUGCGAUGAUGAAACCGAGGAGAGUGUGCCGUUCCGACGGGGGGAUGGUAACAGGCCGGGCGGUGGCGGGGCUCCUCCGCGGACACGAAAACCACACCAACGCCCGCACAACAUGCUGCCACACAUGGGACACCAGCCGCCGGAUUUUCGCCUCAUGAUGCCAUACAACCUCGGACCUCACGGACACGGCCCUUUCCCCCCGGGCCACAGGCAGCAGUGCGGGCCGAGUGGGCCCGACCGGCCUCCCUCUCCGCUGCCGCCUCCGCUGCCGCCGCCGCCGGCGGUACUCGGUCCCCACGGCGAGCCCAACCCGCGGUCUAGCUUCUGGGAGCGGAGCCACGGCGCCCUGGGCAGGUUCAGGCACCGGUCCAUACCGAACGGUGGACGCGGGGCCUGGAACAGAGGCAGCAGAGCUCCCCUCGGUCGUUACGGGCCCGGAGAGAGUCACGGCACCAAGACUGACUCUCCCUCGAGAAAACAAAAGCUGCUGGGGAGGAAUCAGACAAGAAAAGCGGCUCACAGUGUUUCCAAACCAGAGAACAGUGUUGAUGAAUCCUUUGAGGACUUGCUGUCCAAGUAUAAACAGAUUCAAUUGGAGCUGGAGUGUAUCCGUAAAGAGGAGACCAUGGCUCUGGAGCCCAAAGCUUCCCCUGUCAGAGAGGACAUAGCAGACAAAACUGCCAGUAUUGCAGAGACCAGACCAGUACCUGAACCAGCCCACAGUCCAGAAGGAACAGAGGAGACAUCAGAGCUGGAGAAGGCUGAGAAGAAAGUGUUCCAGGCGUUCAACAUCAAACCUCUUCGUCAGAAACUGCCCACCCCUGCUACUCUGGACGAGCUGAAGAAGAAAUGGGCCGAGAAGGAUAAAGAAGGUGAAGCUGAAAAAGAGGGUGAAGAAGAAGGCGAGAGAACAGAAGAUGGAGCAGAAACAGAGCAGAAACCUGAAACAGAAGCAGGGGAGAAGACGUGUUCGUGCUGCUGCAAGGAAACGGACAGAGAUGAGAAGGAGAAACCUAAAAAGACCUGUUUGUGUCGCAGAGAAUCAUCAGCCUCCAGUGAGGACUCUGUCGUCUCUCCUGACAAGAACAACAACAUGAAAAACAAAAUGACUCUGUUUUCUGAGCAGCCGGUGCUGAAGGUGGAGGAGGAGGAGCUCUCGGAGCUGCAGCUGCGUCUCCUCGCUCUGCAGUCGGCCAGUAAGAAGUGGCAGCAGAAGGAGCAGCAGGUGAUGAAGAAGAGUAAAGACCGGAUCACUAGAGCUGCCCAGGAGAAGAACUCCGGCCCCGGCCUGAGCCCCGCUCCACUCAGCAGGCAGAGGGUCACCACCAGGUCUGCCGCUGCCGCUGCCGCUGCCGCUGCUGUGGCGGACAGGAACAGAACCAGGUCCAAACCUCUGGAGAGGGACCGAGACAGGAACAAGGCCGGGCCCCGACCGCCAGACAGAGACAGAGAGAGACUUCCAGAGAGAGACAGACCUAAACAGAGUCCAAAACCUGGGCCCAAAGGUCUGCUGGAGAGAGGCAGGACUCUAGGAAAACCUCACUUGACCAAGAAAAUUAUUAGUCCAGCAUGGGCAUUGAAAAACUGGAAAUGCAAAGAAAAACAAUCAGAUUGGCAGGCCCAACACUACACUGGCUCAGCAGCGAAGCAGGCGUUCAGGAAGCAGCAGCUGAGGACGUGGAAGCUGCAGCAGCAGAGAGAGCAGGAGGAGAAACGACGACAGGAUGAGGAGGAGCGACGCAAACGAGAGGACGAAAUCCGAAGAAUCCGCGACCUGUCCAACCAGGACGAGCAGUACAACCGCUUUAUGAAGCUGGUGGGAGGAAAGAUGAGGACGCGCAGUAAAUCUAGGGAUCGUGAACACAGGAAGUCCACAGGUAAACAGGGCCUGGACGCCUCAGGUAACCUCUACCAGUAUGACAACUAUGAAGAGGUGGCGAUGGACACCGACAGUGAGACCAAUUCACCAGUCCCCUCCCCAACACACAACCCGUUCAGUGGCGAGGAUCCAGGAUGUUUCCCUCAGAUGUCUCUGUAUGUGACAGACUCUGCUCAGUUUGCACUGGAUUUCUCUCAUCCCUUCCUCCCCCCCAUGCUGUCCGGUGUUCCUCCCCCGCCUCCCCCUCUCCCCCCUCCACCGGAUGAGCUGGAGCCUCCUCCUAAACCUCCCUUUGCUGAUGAGGAGGAGGAGGAGGAGAUGCUGCUGAGGGAGACCUGUCUGAUGUCCAUGGCCAACAAGAGGGUGGUGGCGACCGAGGAGAAGAGCUCCAGCGGUCCUCCGUCUCCCAGCUGUCAGGCUCCUGCAGGCGUUCAGCAGCCGACCAGAGGAAACCUGAGCACGGUCAGUCUGAACACGGUGUCUCAGCCACGAACCAACAAGUUCGCCAGAGGACAUCACGCUCCCAGAGCUCCACUGAUGCUGCCCAGACACAAGUCAGUGGUGGUUUCUCUCAAUGAUUCAGAUGACAGUGACUCGGACAUGGACGCCUGCAGCUCCACACAGCCGGUGUUCGGAGGACUGGAGUUCAUGAUCAAAGAAGCCAGGAGGACCGUGGAGGCAGCGAAGCCAAAAGGAGCAUCAGGAUCUGAGAAGGAGAACAACCCCGUCAGAACUCCUGAGGCAUUACCGGAAGCCAAGAAGGCCGAAUACCGCCUGCUCAAAGAGGAAAUCGCCAGCAGCAGGGAGAAGCAAAAGACGUUGAAGGAUCCCAGUCAGAGUCCUUGGAGCUCCACCUCACCUGCUGUGUCUGAGUCUGUGGUGGAUUCAUCAGGGAAAACGACUGCAGAGGUGAAGCUGUGUGAAGCUGAGCAAAGACUCAACAAAAACAGGGAGCUGCUGCAGAGAGACGAGGCCGUCCUCAGACAUCUGCUCCAACAGGAGCUGAAGAAGAGGGAGUCUCUGAAGGCUGCUGAGGCCAAAGUGGCCAAACUGAGAGAGCAGCUGCAGGCUUCAGAGAAGAUCGUCAGUGCAAACAAGACGCUCCUCAAGAAGCUCCAGGAACAGGUGCAUCGUGUUGAACAUCGAGUGUCCAUAAAGAAGAGUCUGGCGGUCAGGUUGGAGCAGGAGCUGGCUCUGGCUCAGCUCGCUGCUGGAAGAGGAUCCAAGCGCAGAACAGACGCCAACCAGACCCUGCCCAGCAAGCUGCAGCGUGUGGACGGAGCUCCUCGCGGCUCAGAGCGUCACUUUGCGGAGCUGAUUGCUCAGAAGCAGCGGCUGCAGCAGCUGGAGUCUGAAUACGCCCUCAAGAUCCAGAAGCUGAAGGAGGCCCAGGCCCUGCGUAACAAAGGAACUCCAUCAGAGCUGCCAGCAGAGCCGCCAUUACGAGCUUCCACCCCCCCAGAUCCUCAGAUCCAGAUCCCACCCCCCUCUAGCCCCUUCCCUCUUCCCCAGCCCUCCCUACAUGACCUCACCCAGGACAAACUCACCCUUGACAGUGAAGACGUUGCUGAGGCUGAUGAUCAGGAAUCAGAACCCACACCUGCACCGGCUGCUGCACCUGCUGCUGCACCCACACCUGCACCCGCUGCUGCACCCGCUGCUGCUAAAGGCCAACGCCGACAUUCCCUCCGUCAGUCCAGCAGCUCCUUCACCAAACCCAACUUGGAGCAGCUGAGCUCCCCUCCAGCUAAAGACAGCAGCACCGCCAAACCUGCCAAGACAUCAGCCAGCUCCGAGUUUCCUGCAGAGAUGUUUGCAGGGCUGGACCUGGACACUCUGAAGCUGAGGUACCAGCAGCAGGCCCGAGUGGGAGAGCUGCUGCUGAGGGAGCUGCAGAAACUAGGAGAAAACGUCGACCACCCCCCAACUGGACAGAUGGUUUCAGUGGACGUGGAUGCAACAACAAGUCAAUCAGGGAGCAUAGAGCUGAAACCUGUUCCCUUUGGACCGUAUCACAGCCCUCUGCUGGUCUUCAGAUCAUAUAGGUUCAGUCCGUACUACAGGACCAAGGAGAAGUUAUCACUGAGCUCUGUAACAUACAGCAACACCAUCGAACCAAGAAAGUGUUUCUGUCGGUUCGAUCUCACAGGAACAUGCAAUGAUGACGACUGCAGAUGGCAGCACAUGAGAAACUGCACUUUGACUGGAAACCAACUUUUCCAGGAUAUUCUGUCGUACAAUCUGUCUUUGAUCAGCUGUUCUGAGAGCAGCUCAGACGAGGACGUCAGUGUAGCCACAGAGAAGUAUAUUAAGAAGCUGUUUGGCACAAACAAAGACCGUAUGGGAAUCGAUCAGAAGGCCGUCCUCCUCGUCAGCAAAGUGAAUGAAAGCAAACGACACGUUCCCCCGUUCACCACCUGUAAAGACUUGAGGAGGUGGAGACCGAAGCCGUCGGCACAGAGCAGUCUCAGCCCCGAGGACAACAGUGAGCAUGAGACCGCAGGUGGAAACAUCACACCUGGGGGAUACGAUGACCGCUUUAAGACCAGCCUGUCUGCCGUAGAUGUGUGUGUCACAUCGGAGGACAAGCGUUAUUUUGUCAGUGAGACAGACGACAUAUCAAACCUGGAGACCAGUGUUCUGGAGAGUCCUCGAGACACUCAGCUGUGGAUCAAACUGGCCUUCAAGUAUCUCAAUCAAAAUGAAACGUCUGCAGCAGAAUGUCUAGAAGCCGCCCUCAACACGCUGUCUCGUGCUCUGGAAAGUAACUGUGAUAACCCGGAGGUGUGGAGCCACUACCUGUCUCUGUUCUCCAGACGAGGCAGCAGGGAGGAAGUCCAGGAGAUGUGUGAGAUGGCCGUGGAGCACGCGCCGGACUACCGAGUGUGGUGGAAUUAUUUGAACCUGGAGAGCUCGUUUGAGGGGAAGGACUACGUGUGUGAUCGUCUGCUGCAGUUUCUCCUCACUGAGGCCUCUUCAGGUAUCACAGAAAAACUGUCCUUCCAGCUGAUGGAGGCUCUGCUCUACAGAGUCCACCUCAACCUGUUCACAGGCAGGAUGGAGAGCGCUCUGGCCAUUCUACAGAAUGCCUUGAAAUCAGCCCAUGACAGGAGUAUAGCCGACCACCUGACAGCCAGUGACCGGGCAUUGGUCUGGCUCUCCUACAUCCACCUGACGGAGUUCGACCGGCUGCCAUCCGGCCUGUACGACCCGGCAGAGUCCGGUCCGUCCAGACUGGUCAGCAGAGAGUCCUUCCUGCUGCCGUGGAGAACGCCGCAGGACAUUAGUACGCCGCUCGACAUCCUCAUUGCUCUCUUCCAAGAUGCCAUCCAUCAGUGCAGUGAUGAGUCGCUGUCUCAGAGUGAGAGGAUGCUGUCUUGCCUGCCUCUUCACACCAACCUCAUCUUCCUCAACAAACUGCUGCAGAGGUAUGAUGAGGGUAUUGCUCUGUGCGAGUCUCUGCUGGAGUGUUGUCCUGAGUCCUGCACUCUGCGAGACGCUCUGGCCGACCUCCACAUCAGGAAAGGAAACAGCGAUCAGGCGGUCAGCAUGUGGCUUCACGCUCUGGCUGAGUGUCCCAACAACGCCGAGGUCUUCUAUCACUCCUGCAAGUUCCUCAUGGCUCAGGAGAAGUCGAGCGCCGUUGUUCCUCUGUUUCGAGGAUUCAUCCUGUCGCUCUGUGAGGAUGAACAGAGUCAGCAGAAACCUGUGGACGUUCUGCGCAACAUCCUUGGUUUUCCCACCGAGGAGCUCCUGAGAGGUCCAAUCAUCAAGAAGGAGCUUCAGGAGCAGCUCAGUCAGCAGACUCCCUACCUGCAUCUGAUUCACUGUCGCUGGCAGCGGCUGCACGGUUCUGCAGAGGAAACGGUGGACGCCUUUGAGAGAGCGCUGGGAUCAGCCAUGCAGCUGGGGGAGCUUCACAAACUCUGGAUGGAUUAUCUGCUGUUCAGCAGCAGUCAGCAGACCCGUGGUCCGGCCAACAGUCAGUCCAAACUGUUCUCAGAUCUGGUCCAGCGUUGUCUGAGCACCGUCCCGUCUCGACUUGAGGUUCCCUUCAACCCUGCAGAGUUCUGGAGCUGCUACCGCUUCCACAACAAGGUGGUGACUCUUUACCUGAGCUGCCUACCACAGGCCCAGCAUGCACUUGUCCUGGAGAGACUGCGAUACGCCAUGCCCAACAACACUGAACUGGGCCUGAGGUUGCUGCAUCAGGAGUGGCAGGACGGAAACAUUGAACAUCUGAAAUUCCAGGCCAGGAUGUUGAGCAGUAACACUCCAAAGUGUUUGGCCAACUGGAAAAUAGCGAUAGCUGUGGAGAGGGAGCUAAAGGAGCGAUCUGAGGUGCGACUGCUCUAUCAGCAAGCCCUCCAAAACCUUCCACUGUGUGCUGCCCUGUGGAGAGAUCGCCUGCUGUUUGAAGCAGCCGAAGGAGGUAACUCAGAUAAGCUGAGGAGGCUUAUAGACUGGUGUCAGCAGGUGGGAGUGAGUUUAGUCGUGGGCCGAGCACAGGGAGAAGAUCACUGACCAUCCUCGGCUCCAGCGCUGCAACUACAAACUACAGAAUUAUUAUUAUCGUCACAGCCAUAAAAAGAAAUCAGCUGACUGGCUGUAGAUGAUUGAGUGAGAGCAGACAAAUCAGACGAGGUAAGACAGACGUCCCCCCUCCGCCUCCUCCAGGACACCUCGAGGCCCCUGUGCUCCCUCGAAGGUCCAUAUGUGGACCUGCUUAUGUCCCAUCACAUCAUGUACGUAAGUAUAGACCUGCUGAGUGCCACAGUGUAUUUUCUCUUCAAUUCAUGUCCUACCUCCUUUUGUUUCUGUCACUUUUCAUUUCAUUUGGAUUUCAUUUCCCUCCCUUUAUAUUUUAAGUUACCUGAGGGGUUGGGGUGGGGGGGUUUGGUUGGGACGGACCGUGACAUCUCACUGUGGUGUUUGACACCCCCACACCCCCACCCCCGUGUGUUUUAAAGGAUGUUUCCCCCCCCGUAGUGCUGCUGCAACAUCUGCACGUUGUCUUUUCUUUGUGUCCCAGAGGAAAAACAAGACUUUUAUUUUUGUUGAUCAAACUGAAUAUUGAUCAGGGUGUUGAGCGGGGCUGCUGCCUGUUUAGUAUUUUCUAUUUGGCUGGGUCCGGUCUGAAUGAGUGUGAGAGAGACUGCCACAGAGACUGAUCCACGCUGAGCCCGGCACCGGGAACGCCCUUUAAACGCACUACUGUUAGAGACAGUCAGGACUCGCUAACAUGCUCUCAUGUGCAAUUUGUCUUUUUCUUUUUGUCAAAGUUCUGCCAUAUAAUCAUUAAAGAGUAUUAGCAAGGAGAGGAGAAGAAAGUCCUUCCACUGUUGUGUUUUAUAUGUUGGAUUUAAAUGUUAUUAAAUUAUUUUC